GUCAAAGGCUCUCCAAAACCUUUUAUGUCAGAGGUGUUUUUCCUAUUAAAACUGCUAAUUUAGUGGAACCUAAAAACUUUCCAGAAGUCACUUCAAUUGGAUCGUCUCCCUGACAACAUGACUCCGGCUUUGUCACAGUUCAACUACUGGUGGAGUCAGCUUAGGUUCCGCUGCCAAAACAAAAAAGGAUGGCAGGAAAUGUUGGAUGAGACGUUUCUUCUGCAGUACAAAAGAGAAAAUGACAUCCCGUUAUUUUAUGCGACAAAAACGAAUAAUGUAGGGUGCAUUAAGAAACUGCUGGACUGUGCUACCACCAAUAUCUUUGAGAGAGGUGCGCUGGGUGAGACUGCUCUACAUGUGGCGGUGAUGCAUGAACAUUUGGAGGCGGCUGUGGAACUAAUGGAUGGAGCACCAGAACUUAUCAAUGAGCCCAUGACCACUGACCUGUAUCAAGGUAUAACAGCUCUUCACAUUGCUGUCAUAAACCAGAAUGUUAACCUGGUCCAGGAGCUCAUCCAGAGAGGGGCCCAUGUAUCCACCCCCAGGGCAACUGGCAUGUAUUUCCGCAAAAGGAGAAAAGGACUUAUUUAUUAUGGCGAGCACAUCCUGGCAUUCGCAUGCUGCACGGGCAAUAAAAAGAUGAUGUCCAUGUUGAUAAAGGCUGGCGCUAAUAUCAGGGCUCAGGACACGCUCGGCAACACUCUUCUCCACAUCUUGAUUCUGCAGCCCAACAAAAUAAAUGCGUGUGAAAUAAUGGAAUUCCUCCUGAAGCAUGACGCCGAGAUGGAUGCCACCAGCCCACUGGACAUGUUGCCAAACUACAAAGGCCUCACGCCUUUCAAACUCGCCGCCAAGAAGGGCAACGUUGUGAUUUUUCAGCACCUGGUGAACCGCCGCCGCAUCGUCCAGUGGAAGCUGGGACCUUUGUCCUCUUACCUCUACGACCUCAGCGAAAUUGACUCACGGGCGGACGACGUCUCGGUGCUCCACCUUAUCGUCAGUAGCCAGAAAAGGGAGGCAAGGAGGAUCCUAGAGGUUACUCCAGUCCAGCAGCUCAUUAACCUAAAGUGGAAUCUUUAUGGAAAAUACUAUUUCAGGUUAUUGCUGCUGGUGUACUUGCUGUACAUUGGGACCUUCACUUUGUGUUGUAUGCACCGCCCCCUAAAGGAUAUUCCUGUGAACUACACGAAAGCUGACAAUGACUACACCAUCAGGAUACAGAAAACUCUUAAGGAAAGUUACAAUACUUAUGAAGAUCACCUGCGCCUGGGUGGAGAGAUCAUCAGUGUUGUAGGAGCCCUCAUCAUUCUGCUCCUGGAGAUUCCUGACAUCCUAAGAGUAGGAGUGAAGAGAUAUUUUGGUCAGACGGCUCUUGGUGGCCCUUUUCACGUCACUCUGAUAAUUUACGCCGUGCUGGUGGUGGCCCUGUGUGUGCUAAGAACCAGUGAGAUGAUGGGAGAGAUGGUGCUUAUGGCUUUGUGCCUGGUUCUCGGGUGGCUGAACGUCUUGUACUUUGCCCGUGGUUUUGAAAUUCUUGGGCCAUACGUCAUCGUGAUCCAGAAGAUUAUAUUUGGAGACCUAACCAAGUUCAUGUGGCUGAGUCUCAUCGCCAUCACAGGAUUCUCCACAGCUGUCUGGAUGUGGUACAUCACCCAGGAACCACUGUCCGUGCCGCAGUACCGCUCCUUCCCCAUUACGUUCUUCACUGAGUUCGAGCUGACCAUAGGCCUGAUUGAUCUGCCUGUGGACCACACCGUCUACACCCACCCCGUCGUGCACUUGGUGCACUGCUGCUUCAGCGUGGUGUCACACCUGCUCCUCAUCAGCCUCCUCACCGCCAUGAUGAGCGACACGCAAUGGCGUGUCGGUCAGGAGCGCGACGAGCUCUGGAGGACCCAGGUCGUGGCCACCACCCUCAUGCUGGAGCAGAGGUUGCCACGGUACCUUUGGCCACGGCUGGGUGAAUGCGGCUUGCUCUAUGGCCUGGGAGACCGCUGGUACCUCCGAGUGGAGGAGCGCACUGAUCAGCUUUUACAGAAGAUGAGGCGCUACGUCAACAUGUUCUCCAAACCCGACGAGGGAGAUGAGAAGCAGAAACAAGAGCCUGAGAAGAGCAGCAGUACAGACAGCUCAACGGAGAUGCAAGUGCACGCCAGGUCACAACCCAACAGGAAGUCAGAGCUCUGCUGGGAGACCAUUCGCCAGAGCGUUCUUGGCACACAGCAAGAAAACGAAGAGUGUUCCGAUUCUCUUGAAAUGAAAUAUGUUUGAAAUCUGAUCAGAUGUACUGAGGGGAUGCUGGUUGUGUACAAUGCAUAAACUGUGGAAUGAUUUUAUUCUUUCAAUAACGCUAUAU